UUUGGCAGAUGAAGGCUCCCUCCCUCCUCCUCCUCCUCCUCGGCCACGUGGAGCAGUGGGGACCCCUGGGGACGUGGGGGGCACCCAUGGGACCUUCAGGUCGGGUGCUGUACCCCUUCGGAUUGGAGGUCGGGGACGAGGCCACGCCCCCCGAAGAUGACGGGAUGAGCCCCGAGAUCUUCCUCUGGGAGAACUUCUCCUUCUACGGCCAACGGCACCGCUCGCUCUACGUGAACAACAACGGGGUGGUGUCCUUCGGAAUAGCGGUCCCCGAAUUCACCCCCCAACCCUUCCCGUUGCCCGGUCCCCGCCCCUUCGUGGCCCCAUACUGGGCCGACGUGGACACCGGACUGGGAGGAAACGUCUACUACCGACAAAGCCGGGAGCCGGAGCUUCUGGCCCGCCUCUCCCGCGAUCUGGCCAAUGCCGUGGAGCCAUCCGAGCCGCCUCCCAAACCCACGUGGGCCUUCGUGGCCACCUGGUACCGCGUCUCCUUCUUCGGAGCCGCCUCCACCAAGGUGAACACCUUCCAGGCCGUGCUGGCCACCGACGGGGCCACCUCCUUCAUCAUCCUCAACUACGGCGACAUCCAAUGGACAACCGGCAUCUCCAACGGCGGCGACGCCCACACCGGCCUGGGGGGAAUCCCGGCGCAGGCCGGCUUCAACAGCGGGGACGGCGUGCACUACUACAACAUCCCGGGCUCGCGCUCGCCGGCCGUGUUGCGCAUCGGCCGCAAAAGCAACGUGGGGAUUUUGGGGCGCUGGAUCUUCCGCGUGGACCAGUUCACGGCCACCGAGGGACCCCCCCUGGAGACCCCCGGCACCCCUUCGCCCCCCCCCCCCAACCUCGCCAACUCCCACCCCACCCGCGACCACCGAGGAGAAGACGUACCUCUGCGGGUGAAGAAGGACACGCCCGCCCGGAAGACGCGUACCCGUGAAAACACCAAUAAAGACUUGCCGAGCAGCGCGUGCGUGUGCGUGCACACGCGUGUGCAAACCGUGCACGCCGGGACACGCGUCUCGCACAGGCGGCACCCACAUCACGCGACAGCCGGUGGCACCAGCACCCACCCUGCAUUAAAACCAGUGACACCAGCACCCACCCCGCAUCCCAACCAGUGA